AUGCACGCCGCCCUGGCGGGGCCGCUGCUCGCCGCCCUUCUCGCCACCGCCCGCGCCCGCCCGCAGCUCCCGGACGGAGGACAGUGCCGGCCGCCCGGAUCGCAAAGGGACCUCAACUCCUUCCUGUGGACUGUUCGGCGAGACCCCCCAGCCUACCUGUUCGGCACCAUCCACGUCCCCUACACCCGCGUCUGGGACUUCAUCCCGGACAACUCCAAGGCAGCCUUCCAGGCCAGUGCCCGAGUCUACUUUGAGCUGGACCUGACAGACCCCUACACCAUCUCGGCGCUGGCCAGCUGCCAGCUGCUGCCCCACGGGGAGAACCUGCAGGACGUGCUGCCCCGAGAACUCUACUGGCGCCUGAAGCGCCACCUGGACUACGUGAAGCUGAUGAUGCCCUCCUGGAUGACGCCCGCGCAGCGGGGCAAGGGGCUCUACGCGGACUACCUGUUCAACGCCAUCGCGGGCAACUGGGAGCGCAAGAGACCCGUGUGGGUGAUGCUGAUGGUGAACUCGCUCACGGAGACUGACGUGCGUUCCCGGGGCGUGCCCGUGCUUGACCUCUACCUGGCCCAGCAGGCCGAGAAGAUGAAGAAGAGCACGGGGGCCGUGGAGCGGGUGGAGGAGCAGUGCCACCCACUCAAUGGGCUCAACUUCUCGCAGGUACUGUUCGCCCUGAACCAGACCCUGCUGCAGCACGAGAGCGUGCGGGCCGGGAGCCUGCAGGCGCCCUACACCACGGAGGACCUCAUCAAGCACUACAACUGUGGGGACCUCAACGCCGUCAUCUUCAACCACGACACGUCACAGCUGCCCAACUUUAUCAACACCACCCUCCCUCCGCACGAGCAGGUGACGGCCCAGGAGAUCGACAGCUACUUCCGCCAGGAGCUCAUCUACAAGAGGAACGAGCGGAUGGGGAAGAGGGUCAUGGCGCUUCUUCGGGAGAAUGAGGACAAGAUCUGCUUCUUCGCCUUCGGAGCAGGUCACUUUCUGGGGAACAAUACAGUCAUUGACGUCCUUCGGCAGGCGGGGCUGGAGGUGGAACACACGCCCGCAGGGCAGGCCAUACCCAGCCCUGCCGCCAGGAGCCCCGCGCCCCCAUCCAAGGGGACCUCAGAGAGCCCAGCCCCAGUGACCCCAGCUGCUGCCAUCCCCGCAGCGCCCUCGGUGACCCCCACCACGCCGCUCGAGGAGGAGGACCCAGCCCUGUCCCCACACCUCCUGCUGCCCGACAGCCUGAGCCAGCUGGAGGAGUUUGGGCGGCAGAAGAAGUGGCACAAGAGGCAGAACAAGCACCAGCGGCCACGGCAGUUCAAUGACCUCUGGGUCCGCAUCGAGGACAGCACCACCGCCUCGCCAGCCCCGCUGCCCCUCCAGCCCACGCACAGCUCCGGGACGGCCGGGCCCCCCUCGCAGCUCUCCGACCAGCUCCAGCAGCAGGGGGAGCUGGGGUCCGCCAGCAGCUCAGCGCCUGCCCGCUCGCAGCCCGCCCGGGGCCUCCUCCCUGCCGUGGUGGCUGUCAGCGUCGCUGCCCCCGCCCUGCUGCACGCCCUCCGGCCCUCCUGA